AUGAUAACUAUAGAUAGCUUUGGAUUAGUCAAUAUUAAAAAUAAAAACAUUUUAAAUUGGUCAUUAGAAGAUGUGUCUAAUUGGUUGCGAUCAAAAGAUUUGGAAAAAUUGGUAAAUAGUUUUUCAGAAAAAAAAAUCGAUGGUAAUUUCUUAUUGGGUAUCAAUGAAGGUGAUUUUGAUAAAUUAGGUAUCACAGGUAUUCCUAGGGGUAAAAUAUUAAAAUUUGAAGAUGCACUCUCUGAACUAAAAAUGGAACACAAUACUUUAAUCACCUCAGAAAUUCCAUCUUUGUUUGUAAAUGAUGAACAAACAUCCCCCCUUCCUGAAAUUGUAGAUUUUAAAGAUUAUAAUCAAACACUGAUUGGGAAAGGUGGUUUUGGUAAAGUUUAUAAAAUGGUACACAAAACCAAUGGCUCAACAAUGGCAAUGAAACAAAUACUAAUAUUAGAAAAUACAAAGAUUUUUGAAGAAGUUAAAAUUUUAUCAAAACUAAAACAUGAUAAUAUUAUUAAAAUUCUUUCAUACCAAAAUGAUGAAAAUCAUUUAUCAAUUUUUUUUGAAUAUUUUCCAGAUUCAAUUUCCUCUGUAUAUAAAACAAAUGGUGCUUUUAAGGAAUCAAGCUGUAGAACUAUUAUAACAGGUGUGUUAAAUGCAUUGGUUCAUAUUCAUAGUGAAAAAAUAGUACACAGAGAUCUUAAAGGAGAUAACAUUUUACUAAAAGGUGACCAUCCAUACAUAGCAGACUUUGGCUUAUCUCACAACUUUGAUAGAGAAUCACAUUCAAAGUUUUAUAGCAACGCUGGUACACACUUUUGGCAAUCGCCAGAGGUUAGAUUAAAUACUAUUGGUGAAUGUGGGAGAUCAAGUGAUAUUUGGAGUCUCGGUUGUACAAUCGUUGAAAUGUUAGUAGGUGGUAAUCCUUGGCAAAACAUUAAAGUUGAAGAUGGGUACCACCCACCAAUUCCACCAAAUUUAUCAGUAAAUUUAAGAGAUUUUUUAAAUGCUUGUUUUUUAAUAUCACCUGAAUUCAGACCAUCUGCUAAAAAGUUGCUCAACCACCCAUGGAUUCAAGGUAAACCAGAUCUCUUAAAAGAAAUAACAAAAAAAGAAAAUAUAACAUCAAAUUUACUUCUUAAUGAAUUUAUAUCGAAAGGUGCAUCUCAAAUAUCACAUGGUUGUAAAGCAGAUGAAUUUAAUUUUGACCCUAUUAAAUAUUCCAGAUCAAUUGAAUACAAACAGGAUCUUGAAGCUCAAAAAGAAUCAAAAUCCAAAUUGGGUCAAGAAAGAAGUAAACAAAUACUAGAUGAGUUUGAUGGUAUUUGUAGAAACAUGUCCAUCAUUAAUAUAGGAGAUUAUUUCAUUCAUAUAAAUGAAGAGCUAAAAAAAGUCUUUAAAAAUUUUGACACUUUACUUUUAGGCAUUUUUUUGACCGCUAUAAAAAAAAAACUUGUUAAUAAUAUUAAAGAGGUUACUUUGGAAAUAACCAGAGGAAUAACAUAUUCCGAAAGAGUAAAGUUGUCUGUUUAA